AUGGCGGUUGACCUAGGGAGCUCCCAGUCAGGAGAGAUCCAAGUAAAUCCCAGAGUCCUUCACAUAGAUAUGACCUGGAGUAGUGGAGAGAGGACAGGCUUUGGAACAGGGUCCAGGAUCGGCGGUCAGUAUGGGUUUAUCAACACCUGUCUGCAAUCUCUCGUGAUUGAGAAAUUUGGUGAAGAGACCUGGGAGAAACUCAAAUCAUGUGCAGAAAUCCAAGAUGCUUUCAUGACAUAUACUGUGUAUGAUGAUGCCAUCACAAUCAAACUGAUUCAAGAAGCCUGCAAACUUCUGGGUGUCUCCAUGGAAGCUAUUCUGAAGAUGUUUGGAGAAUACUUUUUUAAGUUCUGCAAGAUGUCUGGCUAUGACAGGAUGUUACGCACCCUGGGAGGAAAUCUGAUGGAGUUUAUUGAAAAUUUAGAUGCCCUGCACAGUUACCUUGCUCUCUCUUAUCAGGCGAUGAACGCACCCUCAUUUAGAGUGGAGAAAAGAGCAAAUGGGACAAUGCUCCUUCACUACUACUCUGACAGAAGAGGUCUGUGCCACAUUGUCCCAGGCAUCAUGGAAGCAGUUGCCAAAGACUUCUUCAACAUGGAUAUGACAAUGGAGAUUCUCAAUAAGAGUGAGGAAGAGGAGAGGACUGGAAAGAAAGAGCAUGUUGUAUUUCUUAUUGUGCAGAAACAUGGUAGGCAGGUGAAAAAGGCAAGGUCAAAGAUGUCCCAAAGAAGCAAAAAUUCCAAGCAAGAUCAAGAGGAGGUUGAACAGGCUUUUCAGAGAAUGAAGGAGAAAUAUUUGACUCUCUCUGUGUGCCCAGUGAAGAAAUCCCACUGGGAUAUUGUGAGAAGUAUUGUCAUAUUUGGAAAAGGGAACCUACAAAAUAUUUUUGAGCCAGUGUAUCCAGAAAGGCUUUGGAUUGAAGAGAAAACUUUCUGCAAUGCUUUUCCCUUCCACAUUGUCUUUGAUGCUACACUAAGGGUCAAGCAAGCUGGAGUAAACAUUCAAAAAUAUGUCCCAGGACUCCAAACCCAGGAUAUUCGGGUUGAUGACUAUUUCACCAUCAUCCAUCCCCAAGUCACCUUCAACAUUCUCAGCAUCUGCAAGUUUAUCAAUAGUCAAUUUGUCUUGAAAACUCGAAGAGAAAUGAUGCCAGAAGCAUGGAAAAAACAGCCUGCGCUCAAACUCAGAGGGCAGAUGAUCUGGAUGGAGUCCCUGCAAUGCAUGAUAUAUCUCUGCUCGCCCAAACUCCGAAGCCUCCAGGAGCUGGAGGAGCGGAACAUGCACAUCUCUGACAUUGCCAGACACGAUACCACCAGGGAUCUUAUACUUCUGAACCAGCAGAGAUUGGCUGAAAUUGAAUUGUCUAACCAGCUUGAGAGAAAGAAAGAAGAGCUCCGGAUCCUCUCCAAACAUUUAGCUAUAGAAAAGAAGAAAACGGAAACAUUGUUGUAUGCAAUGCUUCCUGAGCAUAUAGCAAACCAGCUGAAAGAAGGCAAAAAGGUAGCAGCAGGAGAAUUUAAAACAUGCACCAUUCUUUUCAGUGAUGUGGUGACAUUUACCAAUAUAUGUGCUGCCUGUGAGCCUAUCCAAAUAGUGAAUAUGUUGAACUCAAUGUACUCAAAAUUUGACCGGUUAACCAAUGUCCAUGAUGUCUACAAAGUGGAGACGAUAGGCGAUGCAUACAUGGUGGUUGGUGGGGUGCCAGUGCCUGUGGAAAACCAUGCUCAGAGAGUCGCUAAUUUUGCCCUGGGGAUGAGAAUUUCUGCAAGAGAAGUGAUGAAUCCUGUCACCAGAGAGCCCAUCCAGAUCAGGGUAGGGAUCCACACAGGACCAGUUUUGGCUGGAGUUGUGGGUGACAAGAUGCCCCGAUACUGUUUGUUUGGAGAUACAGUGAACACAGCUUCCAGGAUGGAGAGCCAUGGGCUUCCCAACAAAGUACACCUCAGCCCCGCUGCAUACAGUGCUCUGGAAAAUCAUGGGUUUGAGAUCGUUGAGAGGGGUGAAAUUGAAGUGAAAGGGAAAGGGAAGAUGACCACCUAUUUCCUGAUUCAGAAUUUGCAGGUCACAGAAAAUGAGAUCAUGGGGAGAACUGAAAACCUUGAAAAUAAAGAAGAAGCAAAUGCUCUGGGAAUUCAAGACAGCCAGACUGUUGCUGUUGGGAGGUAUGAAGACAGUCAGCAUCUGCUCCCCAACAUUGAUGUAGCAUAUGCCUAUGACAGAUCAGCAAGUGAGGAGAACAGUGUCAAAGGAGAGAACCCAAAGAAGAGAAGUGAUGAACGGCAGUGUCCGGAUCAAACAAACACACAUCUCUUUGGCCGUGACAAUAUGCACUCAAGUUUCUGUGUUUUGUUGUAAUAGGACAAUGAUCUAUGACCCCCCCGUUCCCCUCCAACUUGUUGCUUUUUACUUUCAUGUACUGUAGCAGCAAAGAAAACUAAUUCCUUUCAACUUUUCAGUUCAACAGUUCUAUCUUGUCUCUUC